CCUCCCGGCUGUCUCUUUCCAGCCCGCCCAGCGCUGUCCACCAAGGCCGGCUGGAGCUCAGCAUGGCUGGGGGCGGCCUCUGCUUCCUGCUCGUCCUACUGCUCGUCCUACGGCUAGGUGGAAGCGCAGAUUCUCUGCCUCUGCUCAUGGACUCUAUCAUCCAGGCUGUGGCCGAGCUGGAGCAGAAGGAGCUGGAAGGAGGCCCAGCUGCCUCUGUCCGGGUGCUGCUGUCUGCGGGGUCCCCCGGCGGCCUCCCCCCGUUCCUGCAGGACUCUGUGAGCCCCGGGGCUUCCCCGCUCCACCCGGACCCUCUGGGGGCCGAGCUGCGCGCCCUGGUGGACCGAGUGGCCCAGCACGAGGUUCGGGGCAGGCAGGAGCGCGGGGUGCUGCUGGCCCCCGACGGCUCCACCGUGGCCCUGAGGCCUCUGCUCUUGGGGCUGGAGGCCGGGCAGCAGGGGCGCAGGGCUGUGCCUUUGGGGGACGGCCUCAGGCUCCCGGGGGACACCGGAGGAGACACCCUGGCGGGAUUCAGGAAUGACUCUGCCAAUGUCACCUGGCUGGGGGAGCGAGCCGAGCCCCCCGCCGCCGUGGACAGCCUCCUGGCCGCCGCCCUGGCCACGGAGCUGGGCCUGGCUUUCCUCCACCCGAGCCCCACCCCGAGCCCGCCCGGCCUGGGCUCUGAGGGCUGCUGGGACCAGCUUUCCUCCCCCCAGAACUUCACGCUGCUCGACCCCCCCACGGCCCCCCUCACCAUGGCCUUCCUCAACGGGGCUCUGGAUGGGGUGCUCCUCGGGGAUCACCUGAGCCGCCUCCCGCCGCCCCGGCCCCGGCUCAGCCUCCUGUUGGGACAGUACUAUGGGGCUGGCGUGGACGGAGACCCGGCCUUCCGCAGCAACUUCCGGCGGCAGAGAGGGGCGGCUCUGAUUUCAGCCCCCAACCUGGCCCAGCAGGUGUGGGGGGCCCUAGUUCUGCUGCAAAGCCUGGAGCCCCAACACCCCCAGCUACACAACAAGAGCCGAGAGCAGCUGGCCCAGGUGGCCAGCUAUGCUUCCCAAGAGUUCACCGAGGCCUUCCUAGGGUGCCCGGCCAUCCACCCCCGCUGCCGCUGGGGCGCCGCGCCGUACCGGGGCCGCCCGACGCCGCUGCAGCUGCCGCUCGAGUUCCUCUUCGUGCAUCACACGUUCGAGCCCGCGCAGCCCUGCGCCAGCUUCGCGCGCUGCGCCGCCAGCCUGCGCGCCGUGCAGCGCUUCCACCAGGACGUGCGCCGCUGGGACGACGUCGGCUACAGUUUCGUGGUGGGAUCCGAUGGCUACGUGUACGAGGGCCGCGGCUGGCACUGGGUGGGCGCUCACACGCGUGGCUACAACUUCCGGGGCUUUGGCGUGGCCUUCAUAGGCGAUUAUACGGCGAGCCUGCCCACCGCAGCCGCGCUGCGCACCGUGCGGGACGGGCUCCCCAGGUGCGCCUCGCGUGCCGGCCUCCUGCGGCCCGACUACACGCUGCUCGGGCACCGCCAGCUCCGGCGCGGCACCGACUGCCCCGGCGACGCCCUCUUCCACUUGCUACGUACUUGGCCGCACUUCAUCCAGACUGUAAACUAAGAGCUACCCGGAGAGUCUGGAGAGUCUGUCCGAGACCCAGGAAGGCGCUACCCGGGGUGAUCCUACCGCAGCCACAGACU